CACUGUUGUGGCUGUUGAAUUUCCUGCUGAUUUCAUAUUAUACAAAGUGUUUUCGCGGCACUUGUCACGGCAUACAUCACUGAACAAAAUUAUGCGUUUAAUAUAAUGCAUAAACGGCUCCAAUUGGGCGAAAAAUUGUGAUUAUUAUCUGGUUUUGUGGUUAAUGGAGUGUCGCUUUGGGAUAAUUCCAGUGUAACAUGGACCACUUUCUUUAGUGCAUUUGUUUUGUGUGGAAUAAAUACAACUAAGACCGUCGGUUUCCGUAAUACCAUACUUCGUCUCUGUUACUGAGCUUGUUUUAAAUUAGUAAGGAAAAAGUGGUUCUAAAAUUUAUAUUUAGCAAUUUUGUGUAAUUUGCACAAUUUGACGGUUUUUCAAAAUUUGGCGUAAACAGGCAAAACUGCUCAACAUGGCACCUCAAUUUCAGCAAAAAUGUACAAAGAACUUAACGGAACGAAAUCCUCUCCCAAAUUCCGAAGGACCAGUAGUCAAAUAUGCCCGGCCCCUGAUGUCGAACUUCUAGAAGCAGUUCUAAAGAACGAGACUGACAAAAUAAGGAGGAUAAUAUUGUCCAAUCGUCACCUAUUAAGCCAUAUUUACACUCCAGAAUACAACAAAACGGUACUGCUGAUAGCUUGUUCUGAGGAUGGUGUGGAAGCCAAGACGGUUAAAACGUUGCUAAAUCUUGGAGCCAAUCCAAGAGACUUUAGUGAGACGGAUGGCUGGGAAGCUUUACAUUUCGCCGCGUACAAGACAGAUAGCGAAAUACUUAACGUACUUUUGGAGAAAAAUCCUGGUGACGUUAAUACUACGGCCAAAGGCAGUAACGCUUUACACAUCUUGAUUAGGCACGGUAACGCUGAAUCGGAAGAAUUUCUAAAAUGUGCUGAGUUGCUGAUCAAAAAAGGAAUUAACGUCAACUUGGGGGACGCGAACAACGUGUCUCCGAUUUUGUGCGCCGCCAAAAAGGGCUAUAAACAUAUAAUCAAACUCAUGCUCGAUGUCAGCGUAGUACCGGUGGACUUAGACACGCACCAACUUAGAGGAAAAACCGCCAGAAAUGUAAUCAUAAGUCAAAAUCUGUACGACGGUAUUUUGCCGCCUCCCGUAGAUAAUUCCAGCAUCGAUGGAAAAGAAAUCUUGUUCAGUUAUGUUAAGGCCGGCAACGAAGACGCGUUUGUAAAUUUUGAAAAUGGACAUAUCAGAGAUUUUGCCGACUGCGUCGAUUCGACUUCGACUUUACUUCAGGUGUGCUGCGAAAGAGGAUUGGAUAAAGCAGUGUUACAUUUGCUGCAAAAUGGUGCAGAUCCUAAUAGGAACACCUGUAAAAACAUUCUAUUGCCUAUCGAAAUCGCAGCGGAAAAUGGAAAUUCAAAAAUAUUCGAAACUCUAAUCGAAUGGGAAAACAUUAAAAUUCCCAGCACGGUGUUAAUAUCGCUCUUGAAGUACAUAGAUGACGAUUGUAAUUCCAAGUAUCAGUGUUACAAGUUGCUAAUGAGGAAAAUCAAGAAGCAAUCAGAGACCAGACCCGACGAAGUGUCAGCCAUUCUAAAUCACGAGGAUAACUCCAGCAAUACACCACUACAUUACGCAAUCAGGUACGCUGAUAAAGAAAUUAUACGAGAACUUCUAGAUUUGGGAGCAUCUUUGGGUGCAAAGAAUAAAUAUGGCGUCAUGCCCAUACAAGACAUUGAGCCAGAAGCUUUGGAGAAACACCUGGAUAAUUGCGUUUCUUUCGAUAUGCAGAACAAGAAGAUCGACAAGGAAGAUUUCGCAGUUACUUUCGUUUACCGGUCUUUAAUUCCUCCAUAUGUUAGGUCAAAAAGUGAUGGUUACGUGGACGAUAUCGAAGCUGCGAGUUUUAAUGUUAAUAUUAACAGAGAGCUUGUUGCCGAAACUGAGGUUAUAUCGUACAUGAGCAAAGCCUCAGAAUUCAAACACCUCCUAAAACAUCCGGUGAUAGUGAGCUUCCUUUUCAUGAAGUGGCUUAGAAUACAAUGGUUAUUUUGGACCAACUUAAUAUUUUACAUAUUAUUCUCACUGUCGCUGGUUGUUUAUAUUUUUGCCCAUUAUACGAAUUUUUCAAAUGAAGAAAAGUCAGUGAUCCACAACAUUUUCAUCCAAAUCUCUUACGCAAUACUCGUACUUUCUUUCUUGCUACUACUGUUCCGUGAAGUGUUCCAGAUAUGCGUAGCGCCGAAAAAAUACUUUAAAAAUUUCGAAAACUACAUAGAAAUCAUCCUCAUUGUGUUAACUGGAAUGAUAAUAUUCGUUAAGUCGCCUUCAGACGAUCUGAGAAAGCAGUUAUCUUCCCUCUCUAUAUUGCUAGCGGCGUUUGAACUCGUGCUGAUGUUAGGCCAACAUCCCUACUUCUCAACCAAUGUGGUUAUGUUCCGUACAGUUUCGUUCAACUUUUUCAGAUUUCUUAUAUGGUACUCUUUGCUUAUAAUAGCGUUCGCUUUAAGCUUCUACAUUUUAUUCACUACCGACAACAACGGUGAACCGACGACGAGAGUAAACCAAACAGACCAAGGCGAAGAUAACUUGUUUAACAACCCCGGCAAGUCAGUUUUCAAAACGGUAAUCAUGUUGACGGGGGAAUUUGAUGCGGGAUCUAUCAAUUUCGAAACGUUCCCCGUGACGAGCAAGAUCAUUUUCGCCUUGUUCAUUUUUAUGAUCGCCAUCAUAUUAUUGAACCUUUUAAACGGUUUGGCAGUGAGCGAUACUCAAAUGAUCAAGAAUGAUGCCGAAUUAGUAGGGCACAUAGCAAGGGCACAGCAUAUAAGAUACGUGGAAAGCAUGCUCGUAGGGAAUAUUAUUCCGGUAAACGUUUUGAAAAAGAUAAACAACUUUUGCUGUUGCUUACCCAUGCCCGACCAUUGGAAGUGCAAAAUAACUCAGGUUCUUGCAAAAGACGCUUGUCUAUUUCCUAAGUACCUCAACUACGAACUGGUUUUUUACCCUAACAAAUCCGGAUUGAUCAGUCUGCCGGGCGUCAAUAAAGGAAAAACCUGGUCCAUAUGCAAAAGUUGCGCCGCCUGCACCGCCAUCUACUUGGAUAGAGAUACAAUUCGACGGACUAAUAAUAUUGUCGAAGCUAAGAGAAAUGAAAAGGUUAAGAGGGAAGAUUGCCAGUUGGGCAAGAUAGAAUACGAAAUCAAUGAACUCAAAAAGAAGAUGGACAGUCUAUUGAGAUAUUUAGAAGACAACGGUAAUUUUUGAAAUGAUAUUUACGCCUUCAUCUAUUGUUAUGUAACCUAAUAUGCUAAUAAAG